CAUCUGGCCACACCCCCGGGAUCACUCAACAGCUCUGCCUCCUCACCAGUGAUUGGCCGCCGGAACUGUAGCUCAGGAGAGGCACACAGGCGGCGAAUCACUGGCGAGGAGGUGGAGCUUGGAGAGGAGGAGCCGAGCGACAGCGCGAAGAUCAAAGAAGAUCGAGUGAGGGAGCUGCCGGAGCGAGUGAAGGGGAGGAGAGCUGCCGGAGAAGGAAGACAGAUGAUCGGUAAGUGUCUUUACCGUAUGCUGGCUGUAGAUGGGAGAGGGAGGGAGCGAGCCCAGGCUGGAGCAGGGGUCAGCAAGGUAAGUAUCAUUGGUGUCAGUGGG